AUGUCACGGAGCGAGACCCCCAGGCUACCUCCGGCCCGAGGUGACGAGCGGCAGCCACAGGCGUGGGGACAGCCCGACCCCAACCGACGCUCUUCGCGGCGAGGCUCGUUCCCCUCACAGGAGAUCCGCUCAAGGGGAGAGACCCCCUCCGCCACUGACCCCGCGCUCACCCGCUCACCCCCGCCCGGCCGGCCGCGCUCCGCUCACCGCCCCCCUCCUUCCUCCAGCCCGGCAGCCGCCGCCGCCGCCGCUCGCUCCAAGGUGAGGAGCCCCGGGGCGCGAGCGGCCGCCAGCCCCUGCCGGCUACCGCCCCCUCCCGCCCCGGGCGCGCCUGGGACUCGUAGUCUCCCCGCAGCCCCGGCCGAGCGCGUCCCCGCCGCGGCCUACGAGUCCCAGGAUGCCGCGGGGCCGUGCGCGCUCCCGGCGGCGCGGCCUGCGCGGGCGCUGCCCCGGCCGGGCCCCCCUCGCUCGGAGGUGAUAAUGGAGCCCUGGAAGGCUGGGGUGAGCAGGGAUGGACGAGUGCUUUAA